AUGGGAUGUCGGCAAAGCUCAGAGGAGAAAGAGGCAGCGCGGCGGUCCCGGAGAAUUGACCGCCAUCUGCGCUCCGAGAGCCAGCGGCAGCGCCGCGAGAUCAAGCUGCUCCUGCUGGGCACCAGCAACUCAGGCAAGAGCACCAUCGUGAAGCAGAUGAAGAUCAUCCACAGCGGGGGCUUCAACCUGGAGGCCUGCAAGGAGUACAAGCCCCUCAUCAUCUACAACGCCAUCGACUCGCUGACCCGCAUCAUCCGCGCUCUGGCCGCCCUCAAGAUCGACUUCCACAACCCGGACCGCGCCUACGACGCCGUCCAGCUCUUCGCGCUCACGGGCCCUGCGGAGAGCAAGGGCGAGAUCACACCGGAGCUGCUGGGCGUCAUGCGGCGGCUGUGGGCCGACCCCGGGGCGCAGGCCUGCUUCGGUCGCUCCAGUGAGUACCACCUGGAGGACAACGCCGCCUACUACCUGAACGACCUGGAGCGCAUCGCCGCGCCCGACUACAUCCCCACCGUCGAGGACAUUCUGCGCUCCCGGGACAUGACCACGGGCAUCGUGGAGAACAAGUUCACCUUCAAGGAGCUCACCUUCAAGAUGGUGGAUGUGGGUGGGCAGAGGUCGGAGCGCAAAAAAUGGAUCCACUGUUUCGAGGGCGUCACAGCCAUCAUCUUCUGUGUGGAGCUUAGUGGCUACGACCUGAAACUCUACGAGGACAACCAGACGAGUCGAAUGGCAGAGAGCCUGCGCCUUUUUGACUCCAUCUGUAACAACAACUGGUUCAUCAACACCUCACUCAUCCUCUUCCUGAACAAGAAGGACCUGCUGGCGGAGAAGAUCCGGCGCAUUCCGCUCACCAUCUGCUUCCCUGAAUACAAGGGCCAGAACACCUACGAGGAGGCCGCCGUCUACAUCCAGCGGCAGUUCGAGGACCUGAACCGCAACAAGGAGACCAAGGAGAUCUACUCCCACUUCACCUGUGCCACCGACACCAGUAACAUCCAGUUUGUUUUUGAUGCGGUGACAGACGUCAUCAUACAGAACAAUCUCAAGUACAUAGGCCUUUGCUGAGGAGCCGGGCUGGCCGGUUUGCCUGUGGUGAAACCCCUGGGGUGUCACACCCCCACUCGUGCUAGGGAGACCCAGCCCAGGGGCAGAAAACGGGGGGCCUGAUGAAUGUCCCCCCCGCCCCUGCACCUCCUUGGCCCCCACGUUUCCGCAAACAUAAAUAUAUACGGAUAGAUUGCUAGGUAGGUAGACGCACACACAUGCACACAC